GAACGCAGCACAGCUGUGGUGGUCUCAGAGACCGGGAAAAAGAAACAGCAUAGCUGUUGUGGUCUACGAGACCGGGAAAAAACAGAAGAACGAACACAGCAUAGCUGUGGUGGUCUGCAAGACUGGCGAUAGAUUUCGGUGUGCACGAUAAAAUCGGGAGUUGAAUACUAAUCGUUAAAAUGGAUAAAUGGAACCUACAACCUUUCUGCUUCAAAUCGCUACUUACAUCACAAGUCCGUGAUGAGUGGUUUAAAUAUAAAAGGAAUUUUCAAUACAUAGCCUUAGCGAACGAAGAAAAAGAUCAGACGAAGCUUAAGUAUAUUUUCCUAGCAAAAUCCGGACCCGAAGUCCAGGAAGUUUUUAGUUCGUUACCUGGAGCUGAUGUCGAGGAAGACAGCGUGACUGGUGUGAAACCAUUCGAAGUAGCUAUAAAAAAACUUGAUGAGUACUUUGCACCUCGUCAUCAUGAAACGUUCGAACGUCAUAUUUUUUGGACACUGAAGCCAAAUACAGACGAGUCACUAAAAAAGUUUCUUUUGAGAGCAACGGAACAAGCAACCAAGUGUAAUUUUGGGAAUACGAAGGAUGAAAGUGUAGAAAUUAGCGUCAUUGAUAAGGUGAUCCUUCUCGCACCAUCUGACCUGAAGGCAAAACUAUUGCAGAAGGUAAAUUUGAAUUUAACCGAAUUAACAAAAGUCGUCAACUCAUACUCAUCGGUGAAAUUUCAAGCGCGUCAAAUGAAUGCAGAACCGCAGAUGUCUGCAAAUGUAAAUAAACUUCAGAUGUCAUCGAAACCAACAUCCACAGAAUGUUCUCGCUGUGGAUGGAAAGGCCAUUUCGCGAAUGACCGUAUAUGCCCAGCUAAAAAUAAAAUAUGCGAUAAAUGUGGCAGAGUGGGCCACUUUGCGAAGCGUUGUAAAGCAUCCCUCGGAGGAUUGAAGCGUCAUAAUCUCAAGCCCAUUGUAGAUUCUAAGCGACGUCGUAUUAAUGCUAUUGAGCUUGAGAGGAACCAAGAAGAACAACACACAAGUUUUAUUUACAACAUUGGCGACCACGAUGAACUCUUGUGGGUUAGAAUCGGAGGUGUAUUAACUCAAAUGAUGAUAGAUUCAGGGUCGUUCAAAAACAUAAUCGACGAACAAACUUUUCGAUCUCUGACGGUGCAGGGUCUGAAGAUCAAAAACGACAGAAACGAUUGUGAGUUAAUCUUUCGACCAUACGGAAAGAAUUCCAGUCCUCUUAAGGUCGUAAAAGUUUUUGAAGCCAUCAUCUGCGUUGAUGAUGCAGGUAAACAGCUCGAAGAAGAGGCAACGUUUUUCGUUGUGGCGGAAGGCUCGCAGUCGAUUCUGGGAAGAGAAACUGCGAUAGCACUGGGUGUCCUAAUAAUCGGUCUUCCUAGUACUCAUUUGACGGUUCGUACGAUCAAGGAUGAGAGGCCUUUCCCGAAAGUGAAAGGAGUAAAGUUAUGCAUACCGAUUGAUAAAACUGUGCCAUCUGUGGCACAACACGCACGUCGGCCUCCACUCGCUUUAUUACAUCGUAUCGAAGAAAAAUUGAAUAUGUUAUUAACAGCUGACAUAAUAGAACCGGUUCAUGAAUAUAGCCAAUGGGUACCCCCGUUAGUAGCGAUUGUGAAAGACAAUGGUGACCUACGGUUGUGCGUCGACAUGCGACGCGCGAAUGAGGCAAUUCAGCGCGAAAAUCACCUCAUGCCUACAUUUGAUGAUUUCCCCCCGCGGUUGAAAAAGGUAAAGUAUUUCAGCCGUUUGGAUGUGAAGGAAGCUUUUCACCAAAUUGAGUUGGAGGAAUCCUGUAGGAAUAUUACUACGUUCAUCACACACAAGGGAGUCUUCAGAUAUAAAAGGCUCAUGUUUGGCAUUUCUUGCGCUCCGGAAAUGUUCCAAAAAAUCCUGGAGCAAAUACUGGCAGAAUGUGAAAACGUGAUUAACUAUAUCGACGAUAUUCUUAUAUUCGGUGAAACGGAACAAGAGCACGAUGAUUCGUUAGCAAAGGUACUAAACACACUGAAGUUACGAGGAGUUUUACUAAACCAGAGUAAAUGUGUUUACAAGGUUACCCAGGUCACAUUUUUGGGACAUCAUCUUUCAGCGGAUGGCAUUCGUCCAGCGGAGGAGAAAACAGAAGUACUGAAAUCUUUUAGAGCUCCCACGAACGUCGAAGAACUACGAAGUUUUCUUGGGCUUGUUACGUAUGUAGGUCGAUUUCUUCAUGAUCUCGGUACCGUUACUGAUCCGCUUCGAGAACUCACAAAGAAGGGUGUUCAUUUUGACUGGAAUGUGAAGCAUGACGCUGCAUUCGAGCGAAUCAAGUCGAUGAUUUGUAAAAUCGGAAGCUUGCAGUAUUUUGACAAUACUUUACGAACACGAUUGCCGAUGCGUUGCCGGUCGCAUUAGGUGCUGUUCUGUUGCAGUUUGUUGAAGGCAACGAGACUCCUCGAGUGGUGGGUUAUGCCAGCAAAUGUCUCAGUGCUACUGAGAAAAGAUACUGCCAAACGGAGAAAGAAGUUUUGGCUCUUGUGUGGGCAGUCGAGAGAUUCUCCGUAUAUUUACUUGGACGGCAGUUUGAAUUAGAAACGGAUCAUAAGCCUUUGGAAACCAUUUUCUCCUCCACCUCGAAGCCAUGUGCCAGGAUCGAACGCUGGGUCCUUCGUUUACAAUCGUUCAAGUUUGUGGUGAAAUUCCGAAAAGGUAGCACCAAUAUCGCCGAUCCAUUUUCAAGAUUAACAACGUCCAGUGAUAAUGCUGACUUCGAUAAAGAUAGCAAAUUUUUGGUUCUUGCUAUUUUAGAAUCAGUAGCCGUUGAUACUAGCGAAAUCGAGACGGUGUCAUUAAACGAUUCAGAGCUGAAUAUCGUUCGAGAAUGCGUCCGAUCAGGGAAAUGGGACAAGCCAGAAGCGAAACCCUUUGAAGUUUUUCGAGGAGAAUUGGGCAUGGUAGGUGAUAUUUUGGUUAGAGGUAACAAGUUGAUAAUACCAAUGAAACUCCGGCCUCGCAUGCUGACUCUGGCACAUGAAGGACACCCGGGGGAAUCAGUCAUGAAGAGACGACUACGUGAUAGGGCAUGGUGGCCAGGAAUGGACAGAGAUGUUACCAAAAUUGUUGCAACCUGUGAAGGAUGCAGGCUCGUGGGUCUGCCAUCGCACCCUGAACCGAUGCAGCGACGUACUCUCCCGACUAAACCAUGGAUAGAUGUCGCUUUGGAUUUUCUCGGACCGUUACCAACCGGCGAGUAUUUGUUGGUUAUCAUCGACUACUUCAGCCGGUAUAAGGAAAUCGAGGUAAUGACCAGAAUUACUGCGAGGGAUACAAUAAGUCGUUUGGAUCGUAUCUUUACAAGAUUAGGUUACCCAGUGACAAUCACGCUCGACAAUGCUCGUCAAUUCAUUAGUGCAGAAUUUGAAACGUACUGUACGACACGUGCAAUCCAUCUGAAUAACACUACGCCAUAUUGGCCGCAAGAAAACGGCCUUGUCGAAAGGCAGAAUCGCUCUGUUUUGAAACGCCUACAGAUAAGUCAAGCUUUGAAACGAGAUUGAAAAUCUGAUUUAAAUGAAUAUCUCAUGAUGUACAACACCACUCCACACACGGUUACUGGAAAAACACCCACAGAAAUGUGUUUUGGUCGGACCAUCAGAUCGAAACUUCCAUUUCUUCAAGACGUAGAAGCAAUACCCAGAAAUGAUGAAGUUUUUGACCGGGACCUAAUCGCAAAACAAAAAGGAAAGAUACAGGGAGACAAAGUUCGAAGAGCCAUUCAAUCGAAUAUUCAAACGGGAGACACGGUGUUACUGCAGAAUUUGCUUCCAAGUAACAAACUUACUCCUACAUUCGACCCAGUAGAACAUUUGGUUUUGGAUAAAUCCGGUGGGCGCGUUACAGUGAAGAAUAAAGAAAAUAACAAAGUCUACGUACGCAACUCAGCUCAUCUGAAGAGAAUUCCAGUUGACAUUUCGGAGGAACAACAGGAACAUAUCGAAGAUCGUGAGCAUGAAUUGGAUAAUUCGGAGGAUUCACUGCUUACCAACCAAGAGGACGUAAGUACCAGAUCACGGCGAAACACUCGUCGCCCUCAACGCUACGCAGAUUACGUAUUGGAUGCUGACACUUCGCGUCUGCGACAAAAAGGAAGAUGUGGUAGCACCAUCGAGCUACCCCUUGACGAUGCGGAAGGUAAUGCGAACGACUAACCCCUUGGAUAGCGAAGGCGAGUGGGGGAUCCCUUGAGGAGCCUGAGAACGACAGCAACGGUAUUCAUUGUAGUAUACUAGAGAGUAAAGGUAGUCACCGAAGAAAAUAAAAGUAUAAUCCUCUAUCAAACAAGUGGUAUUAUUUCGUGAGUUCCACAGUUAGCAUACAUCUUCACACCGAUAAAUACCUAUUUUUUAUUUAGAACUAUACCUAUGUUUGAUUUGUUCCAGUACCAGUAGAAAGUGGAAGUACUCCGGAGAAAACAGAGAGAAAAUCGUUCCUAUGUUCUCUUCUCUUUUUUCUUCUUCCGUUAGCAAACCGGAGUAAAAAGCAAGUAUUUUUUGCUUCUCUUUGCUCCGGAGCAACUUCUGUGUACUAGAACAAACCUAUUAUACAAAACCAUCUGACAACGCUGCUCUAAAGUGAAAAGUGCUCUGCAAACAUCGAUGACAUCUUUUUUUGUUUUGUCUGUUUUCUCUACCUAUCUGAUGUGUAUUUCAUCCU